GUCUUCGCGCUGUGUGCCCGCAGCGGACGCCGGUAUUCCAGGCACACGCUGCCCUACAGUGCUGGCUUGCUGGCACCUGCACUCGCAGAGCACUGGGUGCAGCUGGAGGCCGAUGCUGCAACGGAGGAUUUCUUGGCCUUCUGCCUGGAGAGGUCCGUCGCCACUACGUUGCUGAAGGGUGCUCUCGCACGGGUGCUGUGCUGGUGCCUCUCCAAGACGGAUGUCAACGCACUGCUCGGCCGCGGGGAGAUGUUUGUGCUCAGCGCUGCUCAGGCGCUCCGGCUCUUCCCAGAGCGUCCUGGUGGCGUGCUGCUCGAUGUAGGAGCCGGGACCGGGUCUUGUACGAUGGAGCUCGCGCAGCUUUUUGAUCACGUGUUGACGACCGAAGUGAGUCGUCCCAUGGUGGCCCGCCUGCGCCGCCGUGGCCUCCCGGUUCUCGAGGGAAGCGACCUGUCGGGUUUGGAGGCCUUGGCCGCGGAAGCGAAGAUCCCACUCGAACCGGGUGGCACUUUUGACUGCAUUGCCCUCAUGAAUGUCUUGGAUCGCUGCCUCCGACCGCGGUCCUUGCUGCAGGAGCUGCGGCGCAGAAUCACACCUCGUGGAAGGCUCCUCAUCGCCGUGGUCCUUCCCUUCCGCCCCUUCGUAGAGCCCAGCAGCAGCAGCAGCAGGAGGAGGAGGAGGAGGAGGAGGAGUACCACCAUUACCACUCCGGUGCUUACGCUACCGCCAAAACUCGCAGAAGUACUUCUCCAUGAGGCACGGCAUCUUCCGGUUGCAGCCAGAAGAGAAGUUGCCACUUUCGAGAGAUGCGACUUUCGAGGCCGCCGCGGAGGAGCUUCGGAGCAAGGUACUCGAGCCCCUGGGCUUCCGCCUCGAGGCCUUCGCACGCGUGCCGUAUCUCUGCGAGGGGGAUCUGACAGCCACCGUGUAUUUGUUGGACGAUGCGGUUUUCCUUCUCAGCAGCGCUGGCGAUCCUUGAUGCAAGCGACUGCAAUCUGGCCAAGCAGUCUAUUUCUCGUUGGCGACAAGGAGAUAGCAAACUGGAUGGUUCUGCAGCGCACGCCGAGUGAGUUGGGGCGUGGAGGUAGGGCACCAUCCCUUCUGGAUCCCGUGUGGGCCUGGAUGGGCUCAGCGCUGUCCUUCGACUGUGGAAAAAGCGUAGGCAAGCUAUGCUUCAAGAUCCAGACCAUCGACCUCCAGUUGUGUGAAUUCAUCAACCCCCGAGAAAAUGAAGCGCUGAAGUACGGCUUCGGCUUCUAUGCGGAAAUUCGACCCUCUUCCGCGAUAUCUGCGGAGGUUGACGAGGAACCACGGCGAGAGGGUUCCGAGGGUCUCCUGCCGCAGUGCUGCCCAGAGCUCUCCAGCUGGAAUGCAACCUUUUCGGGAAGUCGCGAUACGCAGGCCUUUGCCCGGCGGCUCUCCCCGCUCUAUGGUGGAUUGGGAGGGGGGACUCUCCCGGACGAGUUCGCGCCACUUGUGGAUCCCUUCGCUAGGGAGAACACUGGGCAUCAGCCUCCCGGCCACGCCAACCGGCGACCUGCUCUACAGGAGCUGAUGAGACAGCACGACAAGCGCCUAGGCGUCCAUCGCCCUGCACUCAUCGAGCGUGCUGAAGGGCCCACCUGCGAGCUCCCGGCCUGGCUGAAUGCCACCGAACUUACGGCGCUUGGCAGCGGCAAGGGCAAAAGCUCGGCCGACGGCUCGGGCACGAAGGAGCCGGAGGUGGCUUUGAAGUACAUCUUCAAAUUUAAUCCGCUCCAAGGGUAUCUUGCGGACGGGGCCGGACGCUGCGGCGGCUGGAGUGACUGGUGCUGCGUGUGCCAUGCAGCCCAAUGGCAGAUUGCGUGCCUUCCGGAAGUGGAAAAGAGUGCCGUGGAUUGGUUCCUGACCGAGGACUGCUGCGAGUCCAAAAUGAGGAAGGACACCAGUAGUCCGGGCUAUGUGGCGGAUGCAACGCCUCUCCGGGAGUCCUCCGUGCUCUGGCGGCCCGGAGUCGGCUGGAUCGAAGUUCCCCGCAGCAUGAACUUCAGCGACAGCUACUACUGGACGGCGGAGUAUGGCGACGAAGGCUCCUGCCCCAUGGUGGCUGGACCAGAGUUCUGGGAGGUGCCGGCACCUGCCAGCGAGCCGGAUUGGGCUGAGCUCCAGGGCUCCACCAUCCCCGCGUCACCUUGGCAUGUAGCAGAGGCGGCCGUUGUGGUGAUGCUGGUGCUGGUGGCCUUCGUCAAGGGACGGCGACCUGCCUGCGCGGGCCCGGAGGGUCGGUACAUCGAGCUCAUCGAGGUGUGA